UAUAUGAAGAUUUACGACGGGCACAGACCCUCAAGGAUUUGCGGCCAGUAACGCGCAUCAUUUCUCCACCUUGCGGCACUGAUAAUGCCAUCACAUAUUGCCAAAUGGCUUCUGUUUCUUAGGCAAUGCGGGCUGUCGAGGAAAUGGGCGUCCCUAGCAUCCCGUUGACCGGGCCAUCGCGGCCGGAAAAUUUUCGCGAGGGAGGCCGGACUCACACUAAAUGGCUCAUCAUUAAUAAGGUUAUGAAUUUAGACAGCAUUGAUACGGUCCUUAUCUCCAAAACUAGACGCGCACGUCAGUCGGUUAGCGAGCCUUGACUUUUCGUGGGAGCGCCCUUUCGCGCUCAAUCAUAACGUAUACCUGAGUUCUCAUGAAAAAUAAGCCUAUAGACUAGCAGGCUGACCAGCGCUCCGCCUGGUCGCGGUCCAAGCGAACCAGCGAUGGCGCUGAGCGCGGGCUUUCCAGACUUGAAAUGGGGACAAUGACGAUCAACAAUCCCCUUAGACUGAGCUCGGAGGUGUCGCCGCUGCGACAUGUGCUGGAUAUCACAGCACGGUCCCAGGGGAAGGAUUUGACUGCAUAUGAGACCUAUCGGGCUCUCCCCAGCCCGACGCGGCCAUACAGCGGCUACGACUACGCCGUGGUCGCCGAAAUCAUCCGGGCUGCGGAGGUCACGGUCGACAAGGCGCACAAGAAGGGGCUCGGCUCAGGCAUCGUCACGCUGCAGUCAGUGCUGCAGGCAUACGAGCACGUGCUGCCGCGCCAUGGUGUGAAGGCGGAUGAGGACACGUACUACUACCGCCUGCUGCUCAAGCUCAGCCUAGACCCAGCGCUGGACUGGUGGAUCAAGCUAAACCGGGAGACUGGGACUACGGGCGGUCGCGCCGCGUUCUUCAGCAAUGCCGGCAGCGACGUGACGUCCAUGGGGCGGUCGCACAGCUUCUACCGCGGCGACACCUCGCCCACACGGGUCCAGCCCCGCACCUCGGGUGCCGGCGCUAGUGACUAUUCGGCCAGCCACAGCGCUGCGCCCACCUUCCGCAGCAGCAUACCGGGCAACGGCGCAGCGGACGGGGGAAGUCGGGUGCCCGGCCGCAACUCCCCCUACCGGUCCACGGCCUCUCUCUCCAGCAUGCCCGGCUACCAGCAGCAGCAAGAGACCGCCGCACAGGCAGCUGCGCGGGAGGCGGCGGCGCGCGCGAAUGCUGCGGCGCAAGCCGCACGGGAUGCGAUUGAAGCGGCGCGGCAGGCGGCCGCCACGGCGCACCUACCAUCUUCGCGCUUCAUGUUCAACACACCCCCUAUGACGCCGGCUAUGGGACCUGUACCGCCACCGUCAGCUCGGACCGAAGGUGGCGCCAGCGGCUGGGGGGAUGGCAGUAUGGGGGGCGCGGGCAGCAUCGUGCCGUACAGCGUGUCGGAGGGCGGCGCCACGGGCCCGGGAGGGGCUUCCCAAUAUGGACCGGGAAGCAGAUACGGGCCAGGGAGCCCCCAUGGCACGACUGCGCCUAGCAGCGUGCGGGGCACCUACGGCAUCAGCGAGCACGACCCCCUCAGUCCUGAUGCGUCGGCGUAUGGGGCUGGAUCUCGGGGCACCCGGAGUGGCGGCGGAGCCGAUGGUGGCAGUAUGGGUGGCGCAGUAGGGCCGGGCGCCACCCGUGCCAGUAGCGGAGGCGGCGGUGGUCCCGGCCGGGUCAGCGCCGCCCAGCUGGCGGAGCUGGACGAGCCGGUGCUGAGCGAGGAGGCGGAGGCUUACCUGGACUACAAUCGCCUGGCGCGCGCCUUCAGGAUGUGGCGCAAGAACACCUUUGCCCGCAAGGCGUCCAGGUUUGAGCGCGACCAUGCGCUCAAAAAUUGGGCUGUGGCGACCUCGUUCUGGGCGGUGCACCUGCUGCGCCGCUGCUUCGCGCGCUGGCGUGCAGAAGGGCCGAGCAAGACGGCGCUGGCGCUGCAGCUUUGGGCGGGCCACAGCCUGUCAGCCUGCUUCUGGCGGUGGCUGAGCCUCACGCGCUACCUCCGGGGAAAAGGGACCGAAUGCGAUGGGCACUGGCGCGUGCGGACGCUGCGCCGCUGCCUGCGCAUGUGGCGUCUCUACACUCGGUCCCAGCAGCUCAAGGCCGACAACGUGGAGAAGGCACUGGGCUUUUGGGUUGGCCGUUCCCUGCACAUCUGCUUCCGCGUGUGGCGCCAGUUUGCGGCAAACCAGCUGCGCAAGAAUGAGGCGGUGCAGAAGGCGGUCGGGCACUGGGCGGGCAAGUCGCUGCGGGCCUGCUUUGAGGUCUGGCGCGAGUUCACAAUGCUUCAGCAGCACAAGUCGGUGGCGACCGCCCGGGCGCUGCGCCACUGGACCGGCACCACGCUGCGCAGCUGCUUCGCGCUGUGGCGGCUGCUUGUCGAGGACGCGCACAGCAACUGGGACCAGGCCACACAGCACUUGAUGCGACGGAUGCUGCUCAAGUGGCGCAUUGCGGCCAAGCAGCUAACCCGCAUGAGCGCUGCCUACCACGCCAUCGCGGACGCUACUGCGCGUCGGGUCAUGUCGCAGGCCAUGCGGACGCUGCUGUCGGCGCACGCCUUCCGGCACGAGACCGCUAACCGGCUCCGUGCGGCGGUGGCGCGCAUGCGCAACUCGCUUCUGUCCGCCGCCUUCAACAAGUGGAGCGAGGCGCGCCAAGCCGGCCAGAUGAAGCGGGAGCGGAUGGCGUUGGCGCUCAAGUGGUGGUCGUCCAGAGGCCUGGCUCGCAGCUGGAACACCUGGCGCGAGGCGGUGGCUGCAAGCCAGCGCGCGACGAAGGCGGCGCGGGCGAAUGCGCAGCGCAUCCUGCGGCCGCUGCUACGUGACACCUUCUACGCCUGGCUGGACUGGCACGACGUCAGGUUGCAGAAAGAGGUCCGCGCGGUAGCGGCGCGGCGAACCAUGCAGCUGCGGCAGAUGCGGCUGGUGGUGCUGGGCUGGCGGGGGCUGGUGCUGGAGCGGCGGCACAGCCUGGUGUCGUUCCAGCGCAUCAUGCGGAAUGAGGUGCAGCGGAUUAUGAGCACAGCCUUCCAGCGAUGGUACCGCGAGCAUGACAACCUGCGACGUGCGGCAGAGGCGCGGCUGACGGUGAAGCGAAACGCGACCAAACGCUGCCUGCGCCACUGGCGGGCGCUAGCGCAGGCACAGCGCGCGCACAGGGAGUGGCGGCUGGAGCGGCUGCGGCUAGCGAGCGAGCAGCGGCAACGCCGGCUGCUGGUGGCGUGGCAGGUGGUCGCGGGGCUGCUGGCGGAGCACAACCGGCUAGUCAAGUCCAGUUUGUUCAAGCUGCACCGGCGGCAGGCGCACUCUGUGCUGGCGGCCUGGCGCGACCGCGUGCUGCACUCGGUGGCCAAGCGCAUGAAGCUGCUGGCGGGGCUGCUGUACUGGGAGCAGCAGGUGAAGGGCCGCGCCUGGCUGGCCUGGCGGCAGCGCCAGCACGGCUGGCGCAUCAAGGCCGCCAAGGGGGAGCUGGCGGGCCGGCACUGGCGCACGCGGCGCCUGGCGCUAUGCUUCGCGGUGUUUUUGGCGCUGUGGCAAGCGUACCAGGGUCGCCUGACGCGCGCGCUGCUGUUCCGGUCCCGGCGCAACGACAUCAUCAAGGCGGAUGUGCUGGACGAAUGGCGGCGCCUGGUGGGCUGGCUGCAGUGGAAGAACGACAAGAUCCGCAGGGCGCUGGCACACCAUCGCUCCAAGCUCGGGGGAGGCGCCUUCUACGGCUGGUACGCAGUCACCCGUCACUCCAUCGCCACUAAGCGGGCCGUGGCCGCGGCUGUGCUCCACUGGGUUCGCCGCCGCCGCGCCGCCGCCUUCGUGUGGUGGCGCAAUUGGACCGCCUACCGCCGCGACCUGCGCGUGCGCGGUGCGGGCUACGCGCUUGUGCGGGCGGCGCGGGCCAAGGAGAAGGUCGUGCUGGCGUUCAAGGCCAACGUGAUCCGCAAGGCUCGCAUCGCCGGCGCGGUGGCUCACCGGCAGCGCUACAUGACGCGCCUAGCGCUGUCGGGCUGGCUGCUGCGGACGCUGCUGGCAGCGGAUUUCGUGCGGAGGCUGAAGGCUGUGGGCGCGCAGCUCAAUGUCCAGCUGGUGGUGGACGGGCUGGAGGCCUGGCGCGAGUACACCAUCUACCGCCGCACCAAGAAGGGCAUGCUGCACGCAGCUCUGCGCUACUGGCGCCUCAGUCGGCAGCGCGCGGCCAUGGACGCCAUGCGCUGGUACACCACCCGGCGACAGCUCAAGCGCGCGGUGCUGCUGCGCGGCCGCACUGGCGCCGCGGCAAGGGCGCUGCGGGCUUGGCGCGACGAGGCGGAGUACCGCCGCCGCCUGCGCGACCGCUACGCGAUGCUGGCCUCCGGCAGCCGGCACGCGGCGCUGCGGCGGGGGCUGGACAUGUGGCGCGACUACAUCGCGAACCGCGCCUCAAAGAAGGGGCUGCGGGAGCAGGCGCUGCGGCACUGGCUGCGAGGCACGGCUGGGCGGGUGUUCCGCAGCUGGCGGGACUACCAGCGCCACCUGCGGCACGCCGAGGAGCGCGCUGGCGACAUCGUGCAGCGUUGGCGGAAGCGGGAUGCGGCUGAGGCGCUGGCGGCGUUCGCCGAGUAUGCCGCGCACCGCCGCCGCAAGCGCACCGCGGACGCGAUGUCACGUCGCAGCCGCGCCCGCACCGCGCUGCAGGCGUGGCGCGAGUACAUGAAGCUGCGCACGGCGGAAGGCUUCUGGAGCCGCAGCCGCCUGAACGAUGCCAUCGGGGCAUGGCGGCACUACGCCAACCACCGCCGUCGGCUGAAAGAGCUCGGCGCGCAGCUGUGGGGCCGCACCCGCCGUGGCCGGCUGGCCUCCGCGCUGUCCAGCUGGCGCGACUACGCCACCUACUCGGCCCGCCUCAAGACCGUGUCCAACGCGGUGCGCGGCCGCCUGCAGCGCUCCACUGUGGGGGGCGUUUUCGCGGCGUGGCGCUCAGAGGCGAAGCAGAUGGCGGCGCUCAAGGCGCUGCUCGAGCGGGUGCUGGUGCGCACCGCGGCGCUGGCCUUCUACGGCUGGAGGGAGGUGGUCGCCGACGCCAAGCGCUGGCGGGCGGUGCAGGCGGUUACGCAGGAGCGCAUGCAGCAGCGGCCUGAGCUGGCCGAGGUGGCCAUGUACGCAGCCACCCGCAUGCGCAACUGGCAGCUGGCUCUGGCGUUCUACACCUGGUACGACAACGCUCGGGAGUCGCGCUACCUCAAGAACCGGGCCAGCCAGGCCAUCCUGCUAUACGCCAACCGGCUGCUGUACAAUGCCUGGUCUGUAUGGCUGGCGCACACGCUGCGUAACCGGCACCUGCGCAAGAAGCUUGAGCGAUGCCUGAACUCAACGCGGGCAAAGACCUCGCGCGGCGUCUUUGAUGCCUGGCUGGCCGCCGCCAAGUACUUGGGCCGGCUGCGCAAGGUGUCUGACCUGGUCAAGGACAAGCUGCUGCGCGGCACCCUGGUGGGCGCCUUCACCUCCUGGCGCCGCACGGCGAUACAGUUCCGCCGCCUGCGCGGCAUCCUGACCCGCGUCAUGUCGCGGGCGCUGUCCACCGCCUGGGAGGCCUGGCGCGAUGCCGUGGCCGAGCGCCACGAGCGCAUGCAGUCCCUGGCCGUCUUUGUAGGGCACUGGCGCAACCUGCACCUGUCCGCUGCCUUCAACGCGUGGGUGGCACACGUGCACAAGCGCGCCGCCGCCCGGCGCCUUUGCCUGCGCGUGCUGGGCCGGCUGCUGGAAUGGGCUUGGUACGGCUGGCGGGAGGCGGUGUUUGAGGCGGGCGUCAGCCGGGGCGCCGACGUGCACGAGGCGAGGCUGCUGGCUAGGUCUUGGCGGGGCUGGCGUUGGGCGACGUCGGAGGGCCGCAAGGCGGCGGCGCUGACCGCGGCGCUGAACCAGGCGGCGGCGCUGACAGCAAUGGGCGUGUGGCGGCGCCAGUGGCUGGCGCGUGCGGCGUACCGGCGACUGUACUGCCGGCGUGCGCUGCUGGGCUGGCACUCGCGCACGCAGGAGCUGCGCGCAAUGAGGGAGAGGCUGUGGUACGCGGCGCGCUUCCUCCUGAACGGCUGCCUGCUGCGCAGCUUCAGUGCGUGGUGGCAGUACACGCAGGCCAUGUCCAUCAAGCGAGCCGUGUGGGUGCGCAAGCAGCGCGCCCUGGCGGAGGCCCUGCGGCGCGGCGGCGAGCUGGUGGCGGCGCGCAACGCCGAACUGAUGGAGAUUGCGUUCCGCGGCUGGCGCAUGCAGACGGGGCUGCUGCGCGAGGUGACGCGGCGGCUGCGGUCCAUCCAGGGCCGCACCCUGGCCACUGCCUUCGGCCAGUGGCGCGAGUACGCGGCAGUGAAGCGCGCGCGGCUGGAGAAGCAGGCGGCUGUGAUUCGCUCCCGGUUGUUGGCCCGGCCCUUCCGCACCUGGCGCGCCGCUGCCCGCGGCGCAGCCUCCGAGCUGUCUGCCAAGUCCGCGGCGGCGCUCAUGCAGCGGCGCGGUGUGCUGCUAGCGGCCACCUUCCGCGUCUGGCGUGAGCUGCACGGCGUUGUGGGCAGCCGCCGGGAGGCUCUGCGCCGCGCACUGGGCGUGGUGCUACGGGCGGAAGCCGGGGUUCUGAAGCAGGCGGUGUGGGGCGCCUGGCGGUGGGCGGUGGCCCGGCGGGGCGACCUGCUGGACCUGGUGUCGGCGGUGUCGGCGGGGCGUCGGCGGCGUGUGCUGGGCGAGGUGUUCGACGUGUGGCUGCAGUACACGCAAGCCAUGCGGCGGGGCGGCAUCGACCCCGGCUCGCCGUACAUGUCGCCGCGGGAGCGCGGCACGGAGCGGCGGCUCAUCACCCGCAUGGCUGCACUGGCGGGCAACGACCAGGCACUGGCGCCGGCGGCUCACGCCGGCGGCGCCUCCGUCGCCGCAACCGAUGCACUGCUGGACGGGCUAUAUCCCUCCACCGGUAUGCAGCACGCUUCGGAACGGCGGCAGGAGCUGUCUGCGUUCCUGGACUUUGCACGCCGCGCCACCUCGACUGGACGCGCAGGAAGAAACGGCCGCAGUGCUGCGCAGCAGGCAGCGCCGCCGGUGUACGAGCGGGCGGAGAGCAUCAGCAGCGACCUCAGCCGCGCCAGCACGGGGCUGUCCUCGGGGGCAGGCGGCGCGGACCUGACGGAACGGGCCAUGUUCUCCGUGCGGGCCAUGCCGGGUAUGAUCUCGCCGGGUAAGGGCCGCGGCCCCGCCUCGGGCCUCACGCCCGCCCAUAUCCAGCUCGCCACCGCGGGUCGUGCGGCCCCCGCCCCGCUGUCUGCGCGGCGGCCCAGCGGUCCGCAGGACUUCGCGGGUCUCAGCAGUCCCUUCGAUGACCGGCUGGAUCUUCGGGAGCUGUACGGCGCUGCGGACCAGGCGGCGGCGGCGGCCCCGGCGCCCUUCGGAGGCUUCCACACCACAGCGGGAUACGGUGCACGUGGGGCGCAGCUGGCCAGCGGCGCCGCCAGUCCGAUGCCACUCAUGCCGCCGCCUGCGGCCCGUGGCGGCUUGGCAAUGGCAACACCGCUGACCGCGUCUGUGCCGAUUGCACCCCGCCGCAUUGACUUCACCGCUUCCCGCCCUGGAUCCGGUGCGGGUGCGGGGCCAGCGACGGGUGGUGCCUACGGCUAUGGCGGUCCUGCGGGCCGGGGCCCGGGCACGCCCAGAUCCCAGCAAUUCGCGCAGCCCGCGGAGCCAGCCUAUCCGGACGACAGCGAUGGCGCCAGCACCACCAGCAGCGACUUCCUGCCUCCGUCUGAGGCGCGGGCCAGGGCGCAGCAGGCGCGGGCGGCCGCAGUAGCAACGCCGCGCAUUGCUUUGGGUGUUGCAGGUGGGGCGCUGGGCGGCGCCGAUGUGUACUCGCGGACGAGCAGUGUCACGCUGGGCAGGUCUCCGGCAGUUGGGCAGUCGGCGGCCCGGUCAGCAAGUGGAGACCUUCUGGCGGGGCGGGGCGUGUCUUUCCUCGGUGGCCCAUUGGCGCGGCCGCAGGCGGCAGCGGCAGCUGCUGGGCGGUCGUCCAUUCUUGCCAUGAGGAACCAGGGAGGCAAUCGAUAAGGAAAUGUUCAUGGGCAAAACGCAAACUCCAUUUCCUUGGCAUGUGUGACUUCACUACUUUAGACUCCCUGUUCGCCAUGUACGCUCAUGACGCGGCGGGAUAGGACUGAUGUUACUGGAUGGGGACGCUGCAAGUGGUGAGGUGUACGGGUAAGCGGGGCUUGUGCACCAGAUUGGAGGCCGGGACCCAUUGACUUCUGGAAAGAAAGGUGGUUUUCCCUCGCAAGGCAAAAGUGGGCUGCGCGCACGCCACGUCUCUAAUCUGAGGCCGCAAACACCUGCUUCAUCUUCCGGACGCAGCCGAGGUCGGUUUGUACAGGCACAGCCAGCAAUCAACUAAUCAGCAGGAAUUCUCUAGCCACAACACUCCUCACUGCUGCGGCCUACCACAUACUGUGCUAUAUGCUAUGCCAGAGAAGACCGCUAACCAGACACCGGCCGGCAGGGUUGCGUAGUCCGCAGGGAACAGCAGCAGCGGCGAACUGGGGAGCAGCGCACCCAUGCCACAGCCUGCAAGUGGGCGCGCGGAGCUAGACAGCUUGUGCCGUAGGGCAAAGGGCAUGCGCGCCAGCCGGAGGGAUGCAGAGUAUGUCGCUACCGCCCAGCAGCUGGGCACGCGAUGUGGUCCGGAGCUACUAAUUUGGGCUCGCCUGGGUGCAGGGACGGCAGUAGGAUGUCGCCCCAGGGGGCAGGGACGGCAGUAGGAUGUCGCCCCGGGGGGCAGGGGCGGCAGUAGGAUGUCGCCCCGGGGGGCAGGGACGGCAGUAGGAUGUCGCCCCGGGGGGCAGGGACGGCAGUAGGAUAUCGCCCCGGGGGGCAGGGACGGCAGUAGGAUAUCGCCCGGAUGGACUAAGGAUUGCGCCC